AUGUUGUUCUCAGAAUGUCUGAAAGUCAUAAAGCAUCCAACAGAGUUGGAACUUCAGGCAGUCCAAGCAUUGCUAUGCUUAAGUGAUUGGCUGCCAGACUUCUUUGAUGCAGGAAUGGCGAAACUAUGUGAGAAUAUCGUAAACCUCGCUGUUAGGUUGCCUGAGAAGUCAAUCUUACGGUUCAGUUUAAUGAUACACCCAUUUGGUGAGUUUCAUAAAAAUACCCACACUUUAGCUUACGAUCAAUCUUCAUCUACAUUGAGUACCUUUGUUGAUAUAGGCUAUCCUCGCGGUGGUUUCUUUUGGGGAACUUGUAAUGGCUCGGUUUGUUUAACCACCACUUGCAAGAAUUAUAUCGUCCUUUGGAAUCCAGCUACAAAAGAGUUUAAGGAACUACCUGUACCAAUUAGGUCAGACAAUCGUUUUAGUUAUACUAAAUAUGGAUUUGGUUAUGAUGAUAAGAUUGAUGAUUUUAAGGUUAUAAGUUUUUUGGGGAUUCAGGAGAAACCUCAUUGUGAAGUUCGCGUAUAUACAUUAAAGUCUAGUUCAUGGAGAAGGCUUGAGACUAUACCUUAUGAUCUUUAUUAUCCAGGAUAA